AGUGGAAAUAAAUCCGAAAGGAGGAAGGAAGGAGGAGGCCACAAGGUUUCUGUUUCGGCUGUGGAGUCAUUAUCCAAAAUCUGAAUCAAAAAGACUCGACUCAUCUCCUCCAUCAUCGCCUUCUUCUCAGAUCCUCCGAUCCGCCGUCGUUUCAUCACUUCUCCGCCAAGAGAGACUCAAGGGAAGGAAAGCUUCGAAAUCGCGUAAUCGGAUCCGAUUAGGAUUUUAGGAAUGGUUUCGUUGCUUUGAAUCAUCUCUGGAAUCGUUCCGAUUUAGCUUUCACGGAUAUGCAGAAGAGUGGUGGCGUGAAUCGGACUCCUUCUUUAAAAGUAUCCGUCCCUCAGGGACAACAACAGUCACUCAGACGCUUAGGACUCUGCUCUCAGAUAGCCACGGGAGGAUCUCAGCAGUCUUCCCCCGUCGUGUUCCCAGAGAAGCGUGGCGGCAAGAAGGUUAAGGCGUCUUCGCCAGAGGUGAAAGCAAAAGCUGAUGAGCAUCGGAUUGAUAUAGGUGGAGGAGGAGGAGAUGAGAAGUCUGAUUUGUUAGGUAGUCUUGUUUACUCAGGGAAGCUUUUGUUGGAUAAGAGAGGGAAAGAUGAUGCCGCUGACGUGUUUAACAAGAAAUCAGUUGAUGCAAGGCUUACUAGGAGAGCUUUGGUUUGGGCCUCUAACGUGCUACAGCUUGAUGAUGUUGUCUCGUUGACGUACAAUGUCGGUCUCAAGCAUUUCACCGUGCAUGCUUAUCCUGUUGGUAAAGGUUGCUUCACGAAACCGAAGAGAAGCCGUAAAGAUUUCCGUUUUGUUGCACCUAGUGUGGAGGAAGCUGUUCAGUGGGUGGCUAGUUUUGCUGAUCAGCAGUGUUUUAUCAACUGUUUGCCGCAUCCUUUAGUCUCUAAGAAGAAACAGGGUUCGUCUGAAUUGUUUUCGGUCCCUAUUGAUACUCCUCCUGAGUUGGUCUUCAGGUGUAAGAGUGCACCUAAGAUGCUUGUCGUAUUGAACCCUAGGUCAGGGCAUGGACGAUCUAUCAAAGUUUUCAACGAUGUAGUGGAGCCAAUUUUUAAGCUGGCCGGGAUUAAGAUGGAGGUUGUCAAAACAAAUAAAGCGGGUCAUGCGAGAGAGCUGGCUUCAACUGUCGACAUUAGUUUAUGCUCAGACGGUAUCAUUUGUGUUGGAGGUGACGGAAUCAUCAAUGAGGUUCUUAAUGGUCUGCUUACUCGAAGCAAUCAGAAAGAAGGAGUUUCCAUCCCAAUUGGAAUUGUUCCUGCUGGAUCUGAUAACUCAUUAGUUUGGACUGUGCUUGGUGUUAGAGAUCCUAUUUCUGCAGCACUCUCUAUUGUGAAGGGUGGCCUAACAGCUACUGAUGUUUUUGCUGUUGAAUGGAUUCACACGGGUGUGAUACACUUUGGGAUGACCGUCUCCUACUAUGGUUUUGUUAGCGAUGUUCUGGAGCUCUCCGAGAAAUAUCAAAAACGCUUUGGUCCUAUGCGUUAUUUAGUAGCUGGAUUUCUCAAGUUCAUGUGUUUGCCAAAGUACAGCUACGAAGUGGAAUAUCUUCCGGCGCAAAAAGAGGACCCAGAAGGCAAAACCAGACUUGAAAGGGAAGUUGUUGAUAUGCAAGAUCUCUACACGGAUGUAAUGAGGAGAUCAAGCAGAGAAGGAUUGCCUAGAGCCUCUAGUUUAUCAAGUCUCGACUCUAUAAUGUCCCCAAGCGCAGGCGAACUAGACACAUGUAGCAGCACACAUGCCAGCGCCGAGCCAUCUGAAUAUGUUCGUGGAAUAGAUCCUAAAAUGAAGCGCAUGUCCUCCGGCAGAAGAGAUAUCGCAGCUGAGCCAGAGGUUAUUCAUCCUCAAGGACAGUCAACAACUCCUAGCUGGCCAAGGACAAGGUCAAAGUCAAGAACGGAUAAAGGAUGGAUGGGGUUAACAUCCGUGCAGGAUCCUCCUCCAACUAGAAGUUCAUGGGGAAACACCGGCGCUCACGACAGAGGAGAUAUUUCAUCUACUGUAUCCGACCCGGGUCCGAUCUGGGACGCGGGGCCCAAAUGGGACAGUGAACCAUAUGCUUGGGAUUUAGAGAACUCGAUCGAGCUGCCAGGUCCUCCGGAGGAUAUAGAGACAGGACUGCGGAAUCAAAGCAUGACACCGAGGUUCGAAAAUAAAUGGAUUGCUAGAAAAGGACAUUUCCUUGGGAUCAUGGUGUGUAACCACGCUUGUCGGACCGUGCAAAGCUCCCAAGUCGUGGCACCCAAUUCAGAACAUGACGAUGGUACAAUGGACAUGCUAUUGGUUCACGGGUGUGGAAGAAUGAGGUUGAUUAGGUUUUUUAUCCUUCUGCAAACCGGUCGACACCUCUCGCUUCCAUACGUAGAGUGUGUAAAGGUGAAGUCGGUGAAGAUAAAGGCGGGAAAGCAGACGCAUGAUAGUUGUGGUAUAGACGGAGAGCUGUUUGCAUUGAAUGGAGAAGUGAUAUCGACGAUGCUACCGGAACAAUGCAGAUUGAUCGGUAAUGCUCCUGAACGACAUUAGUAGUUAUAUUAAAAUCUCAUCAAAUUAUGUGGAUGGAAAGAGAAGAGUCCAGGUGGUGUCUGUAGGUUUCUUUUUUUUGGGGUGUUGUUUUUGAUCUGGUCGGCGGCGUCAAUAGCUCUGUGAAAAGAGGAAUAAGUACCAUCCUUCCCUUUUGUAAUCCAUAAGUUCCCUAAACCCCUAAACCUUUUGUGUAUUCUUUUAUCCUUUUCUUCGUGUGUGUUUUGAAAUAUAUAUAUAGAUAUGUACCAUAAAACAUGGGUUAUCCGACAAUGGUUCGUGUGUUUCGCUUGAAUUUGUCAACCGGUUUGGUUAUAAUGUAUACUACUUGUAGAUGCCUUUUAUCA